AUGGCAUCGACGGAAGAGCCCCUGAUGCCGGCUACUGAGCCCUCCUUGCCGGAAUCCUCAGUCGAUGGGACUGUGGCUACCUCUGCUCCCACUGAUGAACCUGAGCAGACGGCGGAAGAACCUGUUGAACAGACUCCCUCGAGCCCUGCACCCGCUAAGAAGACAUCCACUACCGUGUCCCCCCGCCAGAAGCCUGGCACCUCUGCUGCUCCCAAACGCCCGGGAACCGCUACCGCUACCGUUACGAAACGUCCAGCUGGCUCUACAUCAACAGUUGCGUCGAAACUAGCCUCUGCCACCGCCAGGGGAACUACUGGAAGCACCCUCAAUCGACCCCCCACCCGACCCCCUGUGACGUCCACCACCACUCGCAAACCAGCAUCCACAACUACUGCAACUCAUAGAUCUCGGGCAUCUUUGGGCAGUUCCGCAGAUGAAAGAGGCAAAUCCAUUGCCAGUUCGGGGGAUGAAAACAAAAGACAUGGCAUAUCUGCCACGGUGAAGAGAGCUUCCCUCACAAGCUCCACCUCUUCCAGAGCGCCUGCGAAGGCUCCUUCGGAUCGUAGGUCAACAAUUACCCCGUCAUCUACCGAAAAGAAACCUACUUCAAGCCGCCCAUCCACUGCCCAAAGCCCUGUAAAGCCACCCACCACUGCCACACGAGCUCCUGCGACGGCUACGUCCAGGUCGGCGGCAACGACCACGGCCCCACGGACUUCAAAACCUUCUUCCGCGACGGCUACAAAAACCCCUGCCUCCACAACGUCAGAGUCAAAGAGACGGAUGAGCUCCUUGUCUACAACCAAGAAACCAUCCAUUGACAGUGGGAAACUCGCAGAGAAAAAACUCAUUGCCAAAUCUCCUGCAUUGCAAGAAAGGAUCAAGGAGUAUGAAGCUCUCCGUGAACUGCUGCAGGCAGCAAUUGCAGCGGAGGAAGCCGGCAAUGACGAAAAACGCGAUGAGAUUCAGGUCGAGGUAGAUGGGGAUAUCGCCCAGCUUAAGGGCAGCUUGGAUACUGUCAAGGAAGGAGAUGAGACCAGUAGCGCCAGCAAGCUUGCUGAUAUCCAAACCAGACUUGCAGAGAGCGAAGCGAAAGUUGCAGAACUACAAGCACAGCUAGCUGAUGUUCAAUUGCAAUUAUCUGAAGCCAGCAAGUCUACGGAAGGGGAGGCAGAUAAAAUCUCUGCGGCUACAGAUCUAGUUCGUGCUGAGCACGAGGCUAAAGUGGCCAAGCUCACUGAAGCCCACGCAGAGGAGCUCAAUGCCCUUCAAACGAAGCUAGACGAAUUAGAGUCGCAGAGGUCAGAGACAGAAUCUCGAUUUACCCAGGAACUUGAGACUGCUAGACAGCUAGCUUCUCAGGAAGGUGACUCGAAGACAUCUGAAUUGCUCGAGCAACAAAAGCAGAGCCACACCGCCGCAGUAGCCGCUCUUGAAGCUGAACUUGCUGCACAACGGGAUGUGACUGCAGAGCUUACUGCGCAAUUCGAUACCUUGAAAGAGGAGCUUGCCGCCCGUACUGCUAGCCUAGAAGAAGCUGCAAAGGCUGCUUCUGAAAAAGAGAAGGAAGAGCUCGCGAACUUCCAGGCCCAGAUGCUCAGGCAGGAAACGGAAUUAAACGGCCGUGACGCGGUGAUCAAGAGCCUCAAGGGUGAAAUACAAGCUCUUCAGGACACUAGGGAUCAGGAGUUGGCUGCUGCGAAUGAAGCUGCCGCUGUCACUGCACAACUUCAGACUCAACUCGAAUCUCUCCAGGCCAAACUAGCGCAGACAGAAUCAGAAAAUGCGCAGGAUGCCACGGAGACUGUGAAAAAACUCGCUGAAAAGGAAGAGGAGAUUGCAAAGUUGGGCCAGACCAUCGAGCAACUCCAGGAUGAGAUCCGGGAGGCGCAGCAGGCUAAAUCUGAAGAGUCUCUCAAACAAGCAGACUUAACCACAGCACACGAAAAAGCCAUGGCUGCCCUUCAAGCCGAGCAUGAUUCUGUCGUGGCUAGCAUGACAGCAGAACAUUCAGAGGAGUUUUCUCAAGCGGAGGAAAUAUCCAAGUCUGCCAUCGACUCACUCCAACAGGAGCUUAAGGCGGUAACAGAGAAGCACGAUGCUGCUCAGGCCGAAGUGGCUAGCUCAAAGGCCCAACUGGAGACUGCGACAAAGGGAGCUGAUGAGGCCCAUGCUAUUGAGCUACAAUCCCUACAAGAGAAGCUAGAUGCAGCUGAGAAAGCCCUAGUGGACGCCAAACAGCAUGCCGAAGCAGCCAGCGCUGCCGAGAGAGAAUCCAAUUCUGCCAGCCUCCAGGAACUUGAGGGCAAAGUACAGACCUUGGAGGAGGAGCUCGCCAAGGGCAGCGCUCGUAUCAAGUCCCUCCAUGAAGAUCUCGAAGCGGAAAGAUCCCAGGUUGAGGGGUUGCGUAAGGGCCUUGAGGCAUUCGAAGUAACUACCAAGGACAAGGAUGAAUAUUACGAGACUACAAUCUCAAGGCUUGAGGUCGAGGUUAAUGAGACUAACGAAUCUCUCAAGGACAAGGCGGAGCAACUCGCUAGUCUUGAGGAGAAACAUACGGCCGCAGUCGCAGAACUCACUGCCGCCCACAGCGCAGAGAUCGAGGAUCUGAAGGCCGAGCUGUCCGGAUCGAAUGUCUCAGCUCUCAAGGAACUGCAGGAUAAAUACGACGAACUCGUCGCGUCGAACAGCUCAACCGAAGCCGCGCAUGCCACCCAGCUCGAAUCCCUAAAAGCAGAACAUGCCGCUGCGCUGCAGGAACUCGAAGCCAAACUAACAAAGGAAUUCGAAGAUAGCAAGCUCAAGGUGCAAGCGGAUGCGGAGGGAUCGCAUGCGGAGAAAGUUGCCGAACUUGAAGCGAGUCAGACCAAAGCGAUUGAGGAGUUGCUUGGUGCGCAUGAGGAGAAGUUGGCGACUUUGAGUAGUGAGCAUGAAGCUGCCGUGAAGGAGAAGCUGGCUGCGGCUGAGGAGGCACAUACUACUGUUGUUGCGGAGUUGCAGGAGAAGUUGGAGGCGGCGAAGGAGGCUGCUAUUUCUCAUACGACAGAAAUUGAUGAGUUGAAAGCGCAGAUUUCGAAGUUGGGUGAGGAGCAUACUGUUGAACUUUCAAAGGUUCAGAAGGAAAAAGAAGAGUUGGAGGAAUCACUUCAGAAUUCUAUCUCCAGCUUAAACAAAGAACUUGAGGCAGUUAAGCAAGAAUCCUCAUCUCUACAAGAGGAAUUCGAGAGCCAGAAGCAGGUGCAUACCCAGGCACUGACUGAUCUUGAGGCACUGAAAGCCACCGCCAGCGCUUCAGACGAGAAACAGAACACCGUGGAAGCCAAGUUCGUAGCCUUAGAGGAAGACAUGAAUGCUCUGAGUGAGAAAAAUAUCACACUUGUCCAACAACUACACGACGCCGAAGCAACCAUUUCCAAAAAUAAUCGACGUAUCCGAGAAUUGGAGUUCGAGCUCGCGGAUUCAAAGAUCAAGAAGCCCGAAUCUCCAACCCUUUCCAACGGCUCGAACUUGAAGGCCUCCAGCGGACUGGACGACAGCAAAUGGGCAGUUAAAGAAGAGGACACCACCACGGCGGACAACGAGCAGACGGAUACUGCGAAGGUACUGCCAGAAGACGCUGGUCCUACCACUACUGAAGGUGAGGACCUCGGUUCUUCUAUUGAGGGAACGAUGGCCAGCAUUCGGGAGCAGCUCCGCCAGCUUGAGGACGUAAAUGAGGGCAUGUUCGACGAGAACGCUAGAAUUGUGGACAUGCUCUCCAAAGUCGGCCAGAAUCCCACACCACCAACACCAGGCACACCAAACCCAUCGAGUAACGACAACAGCAAGCCCAAACCCGUAACCGACGUGCCCAGCGAAGUCGUUGAAGCCGCCUCAUAA